AUGAACAAGGAACUCUUUAAGCUGGUUUCUAUUGAAGAAGUAAGACAGGCUGUUUUCUCCAUCCCCGCUGACAGUGCCCCGGGCCCCGAUGGAUUUGGCGGUGCUUUUUUCACUAGUUACUGGGAUAUCAUUCAGGCUGAUCUAUUUGUAGCAUCUUUGGAUUUCUUCAGUGGAGGAAAAAUUCCGAGGGCUAUCCAAUGCACGUUAAUCACUCUCAUCCCAAAGAAGAAAGAUCCAGAGUCUCUUGCCGAUUACAGACCCAUCAGCCUGUGCAACUGCAUCAUGAAGAUUUUCUCCAAAAUUAUGGCCUCCAGGUUGGCCCUCAUCCUCCCUCAUCUCAUCUCAAAAGAACAAAGUGCCUUUACUCAUGGCAGAUCUAUAAUUGAGAACAUCACCUUAGCCAGGGAAAUGGCUCUUAACCUCGAUCGCAAGGUGUUUGGUGGGAACUUGAUUAUCAAAGUUGAUAUGGAGAAAGCUUAUGAUCGGUUGGAGUGGGGUUCAUCGUCCAGGUUAUCCAAUGUCCACAUGCUGCUUAGAUUCAUCACUCAGUACGAAAAUGCAUCCGGUCAAAAGAUGAACAUUGCCAAGACGUCUUUCAUUGUCCCGAAGAACUACACCAGAACCAAAGUCCAGAAGCUCAGCACAAUAACUGGUUACAAGCAGGCUUUGCUCCCUUCUAUGUAUCUUGGAGUGCCAUUAUCCAAAGGGAGAAUCCCGGCCCCGCAGCUUCACCAGCUUGUCCAAAGGAUCAUUCGCAGAAUCGACGGGUGGAAAGCGAAGCUCCUGAAUCAAGCAGCCAAGCUAGUCUUAAUCAAGCACGUCCUCUCUAGCAUUCCCAUCCGUAUGCUUGCCGCUAUCAACAUCCCUAAAUCAGUAUCCAAAUCAAUCAACAGGGCGAUGGCUAACUUCUUUUGGGGUUCUUCUGAAAAAGGCAAUAAGAGGCACUGGGUUAAUUGGCAGUCGGUGUGCACUCCAGUUCUUGAAGGAGGACUGGGCAUCAGAACCUUCGAGGACAUCUCUCGGGUGAUCAGAAUCAAGAUGGGUUGGCAGCUUCUGCAAGGCGGGUCCUUAUGGGCAAAGUUCACUUCAACCAGGUACUUCCGGAAGUUCAUUGCCUCAAAUGGUGUUAAUGGCCAACUCUCCUCGUCUUCCUGGAAUGAGAUUUUUCAAAGUCCUGCAGUUUACUAUCAGCCACUCCAGAUGGCUGAUCAGGGAAGGGAAUUUCAGCCUGUGGCACCAGAAUUGGUCAGGCCACGGCUUGUUAACAGGCGCCACCGAUAA